CCGAAAAGAGAGGACCAAACAAGCCCUUAUCACAACUCUAUCUAACAUAGUUCAGGCCCAAACCAAAAAGCUUCGUCUCUCAAUUCGGAUUCUCCAGCACAAUUCCCUUCCCCAAACAACCUUGGUUUGGUAUUCUCUCUCUCACACACACUUUUUUUUUUCUUUUAUUCGUUUAAUUAGUGUUGGGGAUUCACGUGCCCCGGUUGUUUGAUCCUUUGACCUUGUAGCUUGAGAUACUAAAGUUGCAAUCUUUAAAGCAAUUAGUGUAGAAGAUGAGUACGUUGGAUGCAACAAGGGCUGAACUUGGUCUUCUUGUUUUAUAUUUGAGCAAGGCUGAAACAAGGGACAAGAUAUGCAGGGCAAUUCAGUAUGGUUCCAAAUUUGUAAGUAACGGGGAACCUGGUACUGCUCAGAAUGUAGACAAAUCAACCAGUUUGGCACGAAAGGUCUUCCGGCUUUUCAAGUUUGUCAAUGACCUACAUGGUUUGAUAAGUCCAACACCACAGGGCACUCCCUUGCCCCUAAUUCUGUUGGGAAAGUCCAAGAAUGCACUUCUCUCCACUUUCUUGUUUCUUGAUCAAAUUGUGUGGCUUGGCAGAACAGGAAUCUACCAGAAUAAAGAACGCACCGAAUUAAUUGGCCGGAUAUCUCUUUUCUGUUGGCUGGGUUCCUCGGUGUGCACCACCUUGGUUGAGCUCGGGGAGCUUGGAAGACUCUCUGCAUCAAUGAAGAAGUUAGAGAAAGACCUCAAGAACAAGAAUAAAUUUGAUGAUGAGCAAUACCGUGGCAAACAAAACCAGUCAAAUGAGAGGACUCUAUCACUUAUCAAAGCAGGAAUUGAUAUAGUGGUAGCAGUUGGACUGCUUCAACUGGCACCUAAGACAGUUAAUCCACGUGUGACUGGUGCAUUCGGAUUUGUAUCAUCUCUAAUAUCUUGCUAUCAGCUGCUUCCUGCUCCGCCCAAAUCCAAAACCUCAUGAAGUGUGGAAGAAUAGAAUGGUUCUCAUGAGAUCUCACUGGUGUCAAAUAAUUAUAUGAAUUGGUCAGAAAAUGUUGGUUGGUGUGAGCAUUGACCAAUAUUCAUCAUAGUCACAGUUGCUCCCAAAAACUGCUGUGUAGGGUAUCUAUGCAACAAUAUUCAUAAUUUACAUACAUAAAUUUAAGACAUCCAACAUCAAAUUAGUUCA